CGGGGAUGCUGCCCUGACACCCUCAUCAGCAUCAUCAUCAUCCCCCCUCCCCCCGGAAGGUGAACCCCCCAAACCCUGGUCCCAGCCAUGGCUGCGUCCCCCACAGGGAUCCCCGCCGAGCUCCAAGAGGCCAUCACUGCCUUCCUGGGGACAAAGAAGAUCCUCCUGGUGAUGAGCAUCCAGCUGCAGGUGAAAUCCAAGUACGAUGACUAUAUCCUGGUGCUGACACCCUGGAGAGCCUAUGUGCUGCCGGUGACACUGCCGGUGAGGGUUCACAGCAGCUUCAGCUUCCUGGAGGUGAGGGAGAUGACAGUGCGAGAGCCCAGCUUGGUUGUCAUAGAAACAGAUGCAGCAUCUUACGCCUUCCGGUUCAUGUGCUUUGAUGAUUUGGAGCAAGUUGUCAUCCACGUCACCAUGUCACUUAAGAAGGUCUUUCCGGAUUCAUCCCCUGGGACACUGCUCAAGAACUCCCCCCCCAACCUGUACGAGAGGAUCCGGCAGGUCACAGACUCGCUGGAGGAAAUGCUGCAGAGCAGCCCCGGGCCCUGUGGGGGCUUUUCGGAGACCUACGCUGCUUUAUGUGAUUACAACGGCUUUGCCUUUCGUGAGGAGAUCCAGUGGGACGUGGACAACAUCUACCACAGCCAGGACUGCCGGGAGUUCAACCUGCUGGAUUUCAGCCACCUGGAGAGCCGAGACGUGGCCCUGAGUGUCGCCGCCUUGUCCUUCAACCUGUGGUUCACCAAACUCUCCUGCAAGGACUUCAGGCUGAACCAGGAGAUUUCGGAGCAGCUGCUCUACAUGCUCAGCAAAUCGGUGAUGCUGGAGGAGCUGGUGCUGGAAAACAGCGGGUUGAAAGCUGACUUUGCGCAGAGGAUGGCUCAGGCGCUCAGCAACCACCCUGACUCUGUCCUGCACACCAUCAACCUUGCUGGCAACCAGCUGGAAGACAGAGGGAUUGUUGCCUUCAGCCGGCAUGUGGAGAAGAAUCCCAAGGGUCUGCAGAGCCUCAGCUUGGCCAGGACGAUGCUCAGUGCCAAAGGGAUGAGCACGUUAUGCAAAGCCCUCGCAGAUAACAAAGCCAUCGGAUCCUCACUGCGGAACUUGGACCUCUCUGGAAACCCUGGCACCCUGGCUGGGGACGACAUCAAUAACCUGCAGAGCCUCCUCCGCCAGUGCCACUCGCUGUCCCACCUCAGCCUGGCCGGCACAGACUGCCCUUUGGAUGCUCUCUUCGGAGCCCUGGUCCACGGAUGCCACACCAGCCUCGUCCACCUGGAUCUCUCCAAAAACGUGUACUCCAACAAGAGAAUGAAAACCAUCUCCCCUGACAUCAGGAUGUUUUUCAGCCAGGCCUGUGCCCUCAGGCACGUCUCCCUGGCGGGUACCAAGCUGCCAGCAGAUGCUGUAAGGGCGCUGCUGCAAGGGCUGGCAGACAACAGCCACAUCAGUGACCUGCACCUGGAUCUUAGCAGCUGCGAGCUGAGAUCAACGGGGGCCCAAGUCAUCCAGGAUCUCAUCCCCGACGCCAGCUCCAUCAGCCACCUGGACUUGUCUGACAAUGGCUUCGACCCUGACAUGGUGACGCUGGUGCUCUCCAUUGGCAGAAGCAAGUCCAUCAGACAUGUCUCUCUGGGGAAAAACUUCAACAUCAAAUCCAAGGAAGGGCUGUUGGAUGUCCUGCACCGCAUUGUCCAGCUCAUCCAGGAGGACGACUGCCCUCUCCAGUCCCUCUCUGUGGCCGAAUCACGCCUCAAGCUGGGAACCAACGUCCUGCUGAGCGCCCUGGGCAGUAACACCAGCCUCGUCACUCUGGACAUCAGCGGCAAUGCCAUGGGGGAUACGGGUGCCAAGAUGCUAGCCAAGGCCCUGCAGAUCAACACCAAGCUCAGGACCGUGGUUUGGGACAGGAACAACACAACCGCCCACGGGCUCCUGGAGGUGGCUCAAGCUUUGGAGAGGAAUUACACCCUCAAGUCGAUGCCCUUGCCGAUGAGUGACGUGGCACAGGCGUACCGCAGCAGUCCCGAGAGAACAGAGGAGGCUGUCCACAAGCUCCAGUCCUGCCUGACAAGGAACCAGCUGCGGCGCACGCUGCCCACCCAGACGUUCCGACUCCAGCAGGGCAUCCUCACCACCUCUUCUGAACAGAUGGUGAACGAGAUCUGCCUGAGCGUGCAGAAGCACGUCGACAUCCUCAGCGCGUCCUGCUCGGGCAGGGAGGUGGAGGCGGACAUCCUGUGCGCGGAGGAGGCCAUCAGGAACGCCAACCUCUCCAUCAGCAUCCUGCCCCUCUUGUACGAAGCGGGAAACACCCCGUACCAGAACGUCAAGCUGCAGCACAAGCUGGAGUGUCUCACGGAAGAAGCAUCGCAGACCUGUGGCCGGGAGAUCCAGGCGAUCAUGCAGGCAGUGCUGGACACAGCGCACAGCCUCUGCCCGGCCGUGGUGCAGAAGAGCGGGGUCAGGGACCAGCUGGUCAAUGCCAUGUCGGAGCGGAUCUACCUCCAGGACCACCUCAACAUCAGCACCGUCCUGGACCAGAUGGUCACCGACGUCUUCAGCAAGCUGAAUGAAAUCAAGCUGUCUGUCACCGCCGCCGUGGCCGACUGCAUCGUGGAUGCUGUGCUGGGAGACCUGACCGUGGCCCAGUGCAAGCUGGCAGAGAGCCUCCCCAGGCUGGGGCUCGACCUCCCAGCGCUGCUGCCGGAGCCGGCUGAGGACGAUGCCACCGCGCCAGAGAGGGGCAGGAAUCCUUCAGACCUCGCUGCAGAGGAGUACAAGAUGGCCCUGCGGAGGAAAAACAAGCAUUUCAGAAGCAUUCGGCCCACGCCAACCGUGAGAAGUCUUGCUGCCCUCCAGCCCCCAGCAGCCAGGUGUCCCCAGUGGACCCCUGAUGUCCCCAAGCCCAGCAGCACCCUGACCCCCACCCCGCAGGCAACCAGGGGGGGUGAGGAGCUGCCCGCAGAGCAGAACGCCCCGAAGGUCCGGCGGCUGUGGUGGCUCCUGGUGAAUCUGGUGGGGAUCUACUGGCUGCAGUGGCCUACAUUUGGCGGGGGGGAGGAUAUCUUCACCCCACACCGGGCUGAUGGCCGUGCUUGCUCGCAGGUGCAGCCUGUGGCCUGCGAGAACAGUGAGGACAGGAGCAUCACCCGUGUGGAUGAGGGGCUGGAGGACUUCUUUGCCAAGAGGGUCAUCACAGAGGAGCAGCCUCCCACGGCUCCGGAGACCUGCCCAGGAUCAGCCCCCCUGGCUCCCUCUGGCUCCCGCACCCUCAAGAAGAAAAUCGGGAAUUUUUUUGCCUUCAAAAAACCCAAAUCCAGGCUGGGCUCCAGGUGUGAGAAGGAGCCCGAGGGUGGCCCCGCCGCCCCCAGGAGCCGGCGCUCGAUGCUCAGUGACAUUUUACGGGCCCCCAGCAAGGCAGGAGAGGCGGGCAAGCCCCUGAGUAAAUCAGAGGAGGGGGGGCUCGCUGCCGAGCCCCGGGCAGAGCCCGAGCACUGCCAGACCCCCGACUCGGCCCGCAGGAUCCGACCCAAGUACUCGCGGGAGGGCAAAUCCCAGUCGCUCAUCCUGCUGCCCGGGGAGGACGAGGACGCGCUGGGGGUCAGGCAGGACAAGAAGAGGCACCUGGAGAAGAGCGAGGGGGAGCUGCCCGCCUCCUUCGAGCAGCGAGUGCAGGUUAUGCUCCAUCGCAUCGGUGUCACCAAGGGUCCAACUGCCGAGGGCAAGAAGCAGCAGAACAAAGACAACGAGAUCAAGAAAGCCGGCUCAGAUGGGGACAUCGUGGACAGCUCUGCGGACUCCCCCCCGUCCCUGAAGGCCCGCACGCACUCUGUGUCCACAGACGCACCCUUCCGCAGCCCUACGGCCACCAUGGAGCCCCGGCCAGCCUGGAAAUCCCUGGGGAGGCAGCUGACGGUGGAGCCACAGGCCACCAGCUCCCACCAGCCCCGCCGCUCCCUCCUCCUGGCCGAGCCCAGUGGGCUACCGGAGCCCGGGGGCCGGGAGGGCUGGAGCAGCAGCUUGCCACGGCCGGGGAGGACCGCACCGGUCACGCUGCCGCGGAGGGUCAGCCACGGCGGGGAGGUGGGUGCUGUCAGCCCCCUGCCCACCCCGCCCGACACCGAAGACAACCGGCUGACGCCGCGGCUGGCGGUGCUGUGGGGGACCGGCCGCCGAGCUGUGUCCGUCCACGAGGAGCAGCUCAGGGAGCCCGAGAGCCCGGCAGGGCUGGGAACGGGCACCAUCCCCCUGCGCCUGCGGCGGUCGCCUGUCUUCAAACGGAGGACCAAGCACGACUCCCUCCCGGAGCCGGAGAGCGAGCCCGGACCAUCCUCAGAUGCUGCAGGUGCCACGGCGCAGGACUGUCCCCACGCUGGGCUGGAGGAACCACAGGCUGGAACGGGCACCGAAGGCGAGCGGCCGCAAGCCCCGGCACAAACUGCUGCGAAUGCACAGGACUCAGCAGCCAUAGACCAAAGACGCCCGGUGCCGGGCUGGGGGGAGCCAGCCCCGGGCCAGUGAAGCCCCUUGCAUGCCUCUGGGCCACUGUCCCCAAUAAAACCCUGCGAGUGAGCGCACGGUGCCGAGGUGGUUGGCAGCCGGGGUGCAGAGAGAGAGAGACGGGGCACGGGGCUGCGGCGCCGGCUUCCGAUGGCAUCGGCCACCUUUGGCUGUGGGGAUGGCCACCAGCAUCGCCCACGAGGGCCCUGGGAUCCUGCUGGAGCCCUCGGGAUGCACGGAGCGGCCAUCACCUUCCCCGGAGGGCCCCUGCGGGGGGAAACUGGUGGUUUUAGGCAGGAGCUGGGCAGGCAGCGGUGGUGCUGGCAGCAGGACGUUCUCAGAAGGUGUCACCAGGGCCCUUUCACCCCUCCAGCUCCUCACUCCGUGGGGUACCGCUCGCUCCAGCCCCCCCCGCCAAGACGCAGGCUUCCAUCAACAGGACCACGACCCAUGGCAUUUCAGCUCUGCAGCCCUGCCACCCCCGUGGCUCUCCUGGUGCCACCAGCGUCACCCCAACGGCUUUCUCCCGCCUCGACCUCCGCUCUGGACCAAACGCAUUCCUUACGGAUGUUUACGACAAAGCAGCAACAUGCUUUUCUUUCUUUUUUUUUUUUCUCCCUUUUUUUUUUUAAUACAAGAGCUGUGUAUUUAAAAAAUAUACAAUUUUUAUUUUUAAUUUCUACAACAUAACCCUGCGGGAUAUUUUUUCUAACAAAGAGUACAGGACCCUACCUAAAUGUCAUCAAUAAAACCUCCAAACUCC